AUGGCUGCUCUGCAGAAAUCUGUGAGCUUUUCCAUUUUGGGGACUCUGGCUGCCAGUUGCCUCCUUCUUAUUGCCCUGUCGCUUCAGGGAGGAGCAGCUGUGCCUGUCAGUUCCCACUGUGUGCUUAAGAAGUCUGACUUCUCGACCUAUAUCACCAACCUCACCUUCAUGCUCGCUGAGGAGGCCAGCUUUGCAGAUAACAACACAGAUGUCCGUCUCAUUGGGGGGAAACUGGUCCGAGGAGUCAAUGUGAAAGAGCGCUGCUAUCUGAUGAAGCAGGUGCUGAACUUUACCCUUGAAGAAGUGCUGUUUCCCCACUCAGACUGGUUCCAGCCCCACAUGAAGGAGGUGGUGUCCUUCCUGGAUGGUCUCAGCAACAAACUCAGUCCAUGUCACAUCAGGGGUGAUGACCAGCAUAUCCAGAGGAAGGUGGAACAGCUGAAGGACACAGUGAAAAAGCUUGGAGAGAGUGGAGACAUCAAAGCAAUUAGUGAAGUGAAUUUGCUGCUUUCAUACCUGAAAGAUUACUGUGUCUGA